UUGUCACAAUGGAUUUUUUUAAGCGCUGGCAAAAUUUGACAUUUCCCAGCAUGAAAAUUUUGGAGUAUUCAUUUAAUGGCGGAAAUUUGCAUUAUGGUGGCUUUGAAGAAGCAAUUGAGAUAAUGACAAAGAUCUUUUGCCCCAAAGAGAUCGCCAAGUAUCAGCGACUGGAAGAGCUGACAUUUAUUUACGAUGAUAUAUUAGCAAUGAAGUUGCGUCAGCUGGCAAACUAUAAUACAAAUAAACGCCAUGAUAUCUUAGUGGAGCUACUAAAGAACCGUAGCAAGGACAUUCGGAGGAUUAUGUUUAAAGAAAGCAUCAGCCAAUAUAACAUGUGCACAUUGAAAAAACCGACCAACUUGGGCCAAUUGACUUUGGUUGAAUAUUGUGGGAUCAAUGAUGAAAAACUGCUAAAGCUGAUUGCGAAUUUAAAGUACUUAGAGCAACUGGAUUUCAUCGACUAUAAUAUGAAGAUUAGUGAGGUGUUGCUGUGGCAAAUUGUUCUAACUUGUCCAUCACUAAAGAUUCUGACUUUAUCGAGCGUGCUGAUGAAUUUUGAAUAUGGCUAUAUUUACAUGGAGGACGCACUGGACAAUCGCUCUCUGCCCCUAACGCUGUAUUGGGACAACACGGAUGCAAAUGAAGAGCUGAUUCGUCAUCACUUCAACCAUCCAAAACUAAAGCACUAUUUUUCCCAGUUAAAAUCGGAUUUAUUUCAGUUGCAAUAUGAUACAAAUUGAUUUAAGAACUUGCAGUCCUAGUAAAGUAAUUCAUAAUGUCUAAGUUUUUUAGUCACUAAACCUAAGGCAAUAU